GACUUUAUGAACAAAUAUAUCAGGAGGUCGUGACGUUUAUUUCCUCUCUACAAAGUGGAAAUAUGUCGGCAUCUGUUAGGGAAUUCUCACGGGAAUGGAAAGGAAGACGAGGAAAAUACAGCUAUAUUUUCCUCAUACUGUUUGUGUUACCUGUUAUUACGGACGUGUGGAGGUCACAAAUCCACUGCACCUGGGUGGAAGUCUCACUUUAUCUCAGAUUGGUUAUAAUCUACUGAGAAAUGUCAACUAUGUAUAACAUGAGAUAAUGAAGUCUUUCUCUGAAGACACGUGACUGACAUGUCAAAAUACAUUUGUAAUUUGUUAUUUUCUCUUCCACUGAUAUAAUCAAAAUGCAAAGAAUAUGUUUUUUUGUCUCUCCCUGUGGCCUGGUACCAGUGACAGCACAGUGGUGCAGUGGUGAGAGGUAAAUAUUCUGGUGAUUGGCAUCAAGAGGACGCCUAUUUUUUUGUAAUAUGUUUUCACAAACCAGUUGAUGAGACGUGUCAGAGAGCCAUGGCCUUUCAAAGUCCCCCCUGUCUGUCAGCAGUGGUAUUGUAGCCUGCGGAAAACAAAACAUGAAAUUUCAGUGUUACUCCUGAAACUCUUGACCUUUGACCUGUAUUCCUUCAUCUGCAGCACAACAGCUAUUUUCAUUUGUUAUAUGUGUUUAUCCUGUGGUUUAUGUGGAAACCUACAACAUGGUGUUGAUCACACAUGUACUGUAAACAGGAAAUGACUGAUUUACAGAAAAUAUUUGAAUCAAGGUUUAAUUGUAAUAAUGAUAUUAAAAAAAAGAAAAUUAAAUAUGGGCCACAUUUUUGUUACUACACGUAAUUUAAGGUUCGUUUUGAGAGUCCUUAAACCCCGCAGAUUAAACACUGACACAUUGUGCAGCCCCCCUAACCCCACCUCUGGAAGCAGGAUUUCAAUUACAUGGCUGAGCGAUGCCUUUCUCACCAAACAAAAGGCAGAUCCUGAUUGUUGGGAUGGAGACAGAGCUGGAGGAAGAAAAGUAGGAGUGACAUCCCCGGACACGUUUACGCUCACAGAGAUCGAGGCAGUUCUUACACUGAGAGGAGGUAAAGACAAUGGUCUAUGGUCCCUGUGACCAGCGUCUGGUCUUUCUGUCCUAACACAUUAGAAGUUCCAGCAACUGAAGAUUGAACUCACAGGUUUUACACCAUGACAGCUGUAACAAACCAGCCUCUCCCUCUCGGUCAUCUGGAGCGGGAAAAGCACAUACAGAUGAUCUUCCGAGCUUUCCAGAACCGCUGCGGUCCUUGUGAGUGUCAGUCUCACACACCUGCAGCCAAAGCCCAGCCAGUAGUUUCUGAGUGGGAUCCUGACCAGCAGUUUUCAGUUCUGUCUCCUGAGAAGAAGAUAGAGAACAGAGUCACGCUGCCGUCACAGAAAGUGGAGGAGCAAAACCAGGAAAGUUCGACUCGUUCAGACUUUAUGACUGUGCUGGAAACAGUCAGUCAGAUUCACAUCCGUGCGCAACCAGAGCUACAAGGGCCACAGUGUGUUCCCAGGAGGAUCUACAGCAUCACCACAGGGGGCGGCAGAUCCCAGAUAUUUGUGGCUGUUGAAGAGAGUUCAUGUUUGUGUCUUCAGUGUUGUGGUCCAGCUCGUGCCUGCACACUGAAAGGCUUUGACUGUCAGGGCAGCCCGGUCUUUUAUUUUGAAAGGCCCUUCAGAUCAGACGCCUGCUGCUUUGGCUGCUGCCUGAUGGAGAUGAGGGUCUACACCCCUCAGAAACAUCUUAUAGGCACAGUGUGUCAGAGGUGGAGCAUGUUCACCCCACUCCUGGAAGUGUGUGAUGCAGAUGGAGCAUCUUCUGUCAGAAUCCAAGGCUGCUGCUGUCCAUGUAGAUGUUUCUCUGACCAGCAGUUUCAGGUCGUCUCAAACAUCGGUGAGAGACUGGGCACCAUAUGGAAGAAAUGGCCUGGCUUCAAUGAGGAACAAAACAUGGACCAUGAAUAUUUUGGGCUGAAUGUGCCACUGAAUAUGGAGUCACACAUGAAACUGCUGCUGCUGGGAUCCACAUUCUUACUGGUGAGAAAACCAUUUUAAUCAUCUGAACUGAAAGAGAACAUAUCACAGUACAAUGAGAAUAACGAUUGAAGCUUUGGUGCCACAUGUAGUAACAUGCAGCUCCCCUAUGGGAUGCAGUUUAAAGGGUUUAUUAGUUGGUAAUAUCUAGUAUUUUGGUAUUUACUGAAACAGUAAAAAUGAAUGCUCCAUUCCUCAUCUCUCCACAGAAUCACAUGUUCUUUGAAAUGAGCUGAUGAAUAAACGGGACCAUAAAUGGGACUGCUGCUGACCCAAACACAAGAGGCAGCCAAGACCAUGAGUCUGUUUCAGCAUCAGAUGCAUAUUCAACAUUCACUGCUAUAAAAAUGUUUUAAACCUUUUCCUUUGUUCCACCUCUUCUGAAAUGAACACUAUUCACCCCAUGACCAAAUAUGGCCAUUUAGUCAUCACUCUAUAGGUUCUUUUUGAAUAUGUCUCAGAACGUUCACUACUAAAUGUAACCUGACCCUGGGUUCAGUCACAAUCACCUUCAUUUAGACUUUCUAAUGAGACUUAACACAGGUGAAGAAACCUGGACUGGGUCCGGCUAGAGGUCAAGCUGGAGGUCAGGCACAAGGAUGCAGGCUGCUCACUAGUCCACUCUGAAGACAUUGUGAACAACACAAGAAGAUCAUCAUCCCUCCAGGUUCUGAUAUGGUUUCAAAAAUGAGAAUCAGUAACGAUUCACUGAGAUGACCUUUAAAGUGGACUGUAUUUACAAACAUAUCAACAACAAUAGUCAUCAUUUGUAGUUCAAAAUGAGCAGAACAGUAGUUAAAAUACAGCACUAUUAUAAAAUAACAUUUCGAUCCUGUUUGGGUCACUGUUGAACAGGCACGAACUGACUAAUAGCAGAAUGUGAGAUUUGAUUUGAGCAAUAAAAAGAUGUUUUAGCCACAUAACAGAUAUUUUUCUGUUGCCUUUUAUGGAGUAUAAUUUGUAAUCAGCAAAUGACCAAAUGCCAAGCAUUGCCCCCUCUGGUGGCAGCUCAGCAAAUGCUU